AUGGCCACCAACUACACGACCCAGCCAUAUGCGAUCCCCGAUUACAUGAGUCAACAACCAUCCCCAGCUAGUUCGACGUCGCCCACCUCGCCUCGCAUGCAGGACUACAUUCAACAGCAUGCGCCCAACCCCUACAAGCAACUGCGGCCGCUCAAGUCUCCCCUCUACGUACCGGCCGCGCUACGACCAACCGAACAUUUUUGCACGCCCUCCCCCAUGACCCCGCCCAAGAGUCUGCAUGGAUCGUUGGACAGUCUGCCGGAAGACGAAGGUCGGACAGCGAGUCCAGACCAUCAAUACGAGUUAGGCCUGGAGGCCUUUGACCCUGAUUGGGUUCAGGAGGAGGAACUGGGUGAAGUUACAGGCCCGCCAACCAGAGAACAUUGGAAGCCCGACGAAGCUUCACCCACUUGUGACUCGCCACAAUGUCGCUCCUCGUUCAGUCUGUUUGUCCGCAAACACCAUUGUCGCCACUGUGGGCAUAUCUUCUGCUCCUCACACACCCCGUUCACGAUUCCUCUCAACCAGUAUGCCCAAUUCCAUCCCGAUGGCGUACCCUCCAGAGCAUGCGAGGUAUGCCAUCGGCAGUAUCAACGCUGGGAUACUGCCAGGUCCAUCCGUCGCAAAAACAGCCAGAACAGCAAGGAUGACUGCAGCAACGAGAGCGGCCCUCCGACGCCUCUCGCGGGACCGACAAGCCACCGAAGGAUGGUUUCCAACGGCAUUCGUACGGGCAAACCCGUCGAGGACGUCGCCAACAGCGUGCCCAAAGAUUGGGCCUGGAGCACUUUCUGA